AUGGCUGAUCUGCAACUUCCUGCUGCUGCUCGCAACGGCGAUGGUGAGAUGUUCCGCAGCAGCGUGCUUCUGAAGAGCGUGAGGACGCUGCUGGAGAAUCUGGCGAAGCACGGACAUGCAUCGUCCUCCCAAAGCUUCGCUAACGGCCUGCACAAGCCCAUGAAGGCGCACGUGGCGGACGCACCUGAUGUGAAGCGGCCUGGAAUCGGCCGCUUCGGAGGCAAGCCUGCUGCUGCCGUGCUUGCACCUGUGGUCGUCCCUGCUGCUCCCUUCUCACCAUCUGCUGCUGCUGCAGUCACACCAUCUGCCGUGGUUGCGCCUGUGGUGGUGCCUGAGGUAGCGCCUGUGGCUCCAGUUGCUUCAACCACAUCACAGGUGCCUGAAGCGAGUGUGACCACAGAAACAAUAACUGAGGAGGCGAGUGCAUGCGCUGCUGAUCCGAGUGAGAAAGUGAGGUGGUCGAAGCUGCGUGACGAGCGGCCAUUGAAGCCGCUCUGCGUCCCUGCUUCUUGCCCAAGCAUCCUGAUGCUGUGGCGAAUCUGA